AUGAGCAGGACUCUCUUACGAGGAGCCGCGUGCCAGACUUGUCGGCAUGAGGUGCUGCGGUCCUUUGUUUCUGUCUCCGGCAUUCCCAUGCCACGAUCAUCUCCUCUUUCCUCCCGUUCGAUCUCCAACCCCAGAGCUUUCUCCGCUGUAACUUUGCUGCGGUCUGAUCGCCCUCCAACCUCGAACCAGCUUGACAUUCAUUUAUCCGAACCAGAAGAGCGAUCAGCGCACUCGGAAACCAAUACGCCAGCUUCAUCACAACAUGUCCCCUGGUAUCUGCAGGAAGAGGCGCCCAUUAUGAAAGAGCGCCUGUUGAGCGAAGCCCAUCUCCCCGAGAUCCCAGACGAUUCGCCAGAGAUGCUCUCGACUCUAUUGGAGUAUACGUAUAAGGACUUGGGCUUGGAUAGUCUCAAGCUUUUUGACCUACGCGGCCUCGAAAUCCCUGCAGCUCUCGGUGCUAAUGUCAUCAUGAUCAUCGGAACUGCUCGCAGUGUGAAACAUUUAAACGUGUCUGCGGAUCGUCUCUGUCGCUGGCUGAGAAGUCAAUACAAAUUGUCCCCCUACGCCGACGGCUUACUUGGACGCAACGAGUUGAAAAUCAAACUCCGCCGUAAGGCUAAGCGAGCGCGCGCCGCCAGUGCAGCAGGCGCAAUGAUCGACGAAAAGGAUGAUGGAAUUACAACGGGAUGGAUCUGUGUAAAUGCGGGGAUGGUGGACAAAGGCGCUACUUCGACCCAGUUGAGCGAUGUUGGAAUUGAAGGUUUUGGUAAUCUUGACGUUGGGACUAGCGUGGUUGUCCAGAUCUUCACCGAGGAGAAGCGGGCUGAUGUUGAUCUUGAUGGUCUCUGGGAAGCCACUUUAGCCCGUGAAGGGCGCAAGAACAUCCGGGAGACGAAGGAUUUAUCCAAGACUGGUGUCGCGCCCCCCAGGUCUAUGUCCGAUGGAUUUGGCUCCAUUCCUGGCCAAAGGAGAGGCUUCCAUACCAUGCGUAGACUCGCAUCCUCUGCCGUGAACUCCGCCGAGUCUGGUUUCGAUGCUGGGCUCCCUAGCCUGAGAACUUCGUCUUCCACACUUCCAGGCGGUGCAGCAGCAGUUGCAUCCCAAUUGACACCAACCUCUUUGCUUCAGAUUCUCACCGAACUUCCGGCGGAUAGUGCACGAAAUGAGCUGGGGAGCGGCCCAAAUGAUCGCCAGUCCACUCUUUUUCUACGGCUCUUCUACACCAACCACGCCGCGCGGUUUUCUGCACAGGAAAAAUCCGCUUUUCGAUUGAAAUUGUUUUCUAUUGCUGUGUCUCGGCAACACCCAGCUUACACCAAGGACGCCCUUUUUAGCACAUUCUCUGAUUUUCUUCGCGACGGGUAUGACCUUCCGGAUGACCUUGGAUUCGACGUUGUUUCUGCGCUUCUAACACCGAGAACAGCGGGUGUUAUCACCGAGCAGUCUAAGACUCAUUCCCCAGAGGCUGACAUGGAGCUUGCUUUGUUAGUGCUGGAUCGCUUGAGCCUCCGUGGUGUGCCGAUUUUGAACAUGAAAAUUUUCAAUGUACUCUAUCAAGCAGUCUGUGCACCCAAUCCAGCACUUUCGAGCCUGAACGAAUUGCGCCCAGAAGACAGUUCUCCAAGUUCCUCUGCGGUCCAACAGACUGAGUCUCAGAAACAAAUCUUGUCUCGACUGUCCAAGAUACUCGCGGCGGCCAACGUUCCAUUUGACGUGGUAGACGCGCGUCAGCUUAUGGUGACAUUAUUCCAAUGCGGGGAUUACGAUGGCUUCUGGCGUCUGUGGCGUCAGUUUCCUUUGAAAGGUGCCAGUCGCACACAAGAGGACUACGUGCAGCUGUUCACGUUGCAUGCCGAGUUGGGUGAGGAAGUGCGAGCGCGCGAGUGUCUGUCGACGGGGGUAGAAUUGAUGAAUCGAGAGUCCCCUGUAAUUGUGCUACAAGGUCCAAUCGUGACCGCCAUCAUGCAUUGUAUUUUGGUCGCAGACCCGACACUCCAGAACCGAGAUGAAGAAGUGUCUCCGAGCUUCUACAUGCCGCUCUGGACUGAGUGCCAGGAGGCACUUGCUCGGGAAAAUUGA